ACGCCCGCGGACCGGUACAAUGGCACGGUCCUGGAAUAAGGCAGCUGUUGUGCUAUGUAUGGAUGUGGGCUUUGCCAUGAGUAACUCUUCUCCUGGUGAGGAGUCGCCAUUUGAACAAGCCAAGAAGGUGAUGACCAUGUUCGUGCAGCGACAGGUGUUUGCUGAGAGCAAGGAUGAGAUUGCUCUCGUGCUGUUUGGUACCGAUGGCACCAAGAAUGCCCUUGCUCGCGACGAUCAGUAUCAGAACAUCACAGUGCACAGACACCUGAUGCUACCAGACUUUGACUUGCUGGAGGACAUCGAAAGUCAAAUCCAACCAGGUUCUCAGCAUGCUGAUAUUCUGGAUGCCCUCGUUGUGUGCAUGGAUGUGAUUCAACAAGAAACUGUAGGAAAGAAGUUUGAGAAGAGGCAUAUUGAAGUGUUCACUGACCUCAGCAGCCCGUUCAGCAAAGAUCAGUUGGAUGUCAUAAUUCAUAACCUGAAGCAAUCUGGCAUCACGGUGCAGUUCUUUUUGCCCUUCGUGGUGGAGAAGGAAGCUGGAACUGGGGACAGAGGAGACAGCAGCUUGAACUCGGAGCACAACAGACCCGCUUUUCCUCCAAAAGGCGUGACCGAGCAGCAAAAGGAAGGCAUUAAGGUGGUGAAAAGGGUGAUGCUGGCUUUAGAAGGUGAAGAUGGACUGGAUGAAAUCUAUUCCUUCAGUGAGAGCCUGAAACAACUAUGUGUCUUUAAGAAAACUGAGCGACAUUCCAUGCCCUGGCCUUGCCAGCUGACUAUUGGUUCUAAUUUAUCCAUAAGGAUCGUGGCUUAUAAAUCGAUUCUACAGGAAAAAGUUAAAAAGACAUGGACAGUUGUGGAUGCAAGGACCCUCAAGCGAGAAGAUAUUAAAAAGGAAACAGUUUAUUGCUUAAAUGAUGAUGAUGAAACUGAAGUUUCAAAAGAAGACACUAUUCAAGGGUUCCGCUACGGGAGUGACAUAGUUCCGUUCUCUAAAGUGGAUGAGGAACAAAUGAAAUAUAAAUCGGAAGGAAAAUGCUUCUCUGUUUUGGGAUUUUGCAGAUCUUCUCAGGUCCAGAUAAAAUUCUUUAUGGGACAUCAAGUUUUAAAGGUCUUUGCUGCAAAAGAUGAUGAGGCAGCUGCGGUGGCACUCUCCUCCCUGAUCCAUGCCCUGGACGAAUUGGACAUGGUGGCUAUCGUGCGAUAUGCUUACGACAAAAGAGCUAAUCCUCAAGUUGGCGUGGCGUUUCCACUUAUCAAGGAAGCCUACGAGUGUUUGGUGUAUGUGCAGCUGCCUUUCAUGGAAGACUUGCGGCAAUACAUGUUUCCAUCCUUGAAAAAUAUUAAGAAAUGCACUCCCACAGAGGCCCAGCUGAGUGCGGUGGACGCUCUGAUUGACUCCAUGAGUCUGGUGAGGAAAGACGAGGAGGAGGAGGACACCGUGGAAGACUUGUUCCCAACCACCAAAAUCCCCAAUCCGCAGUUUCAGAGAUUAUUUCAGGAAGGGUGUAAUGCUGAGUGCUCUGCCUGUCUGGAUUCUGCUGGCCUUCCUGGGAAGCUGGUCGCUUUAUUGGUCCAGCCUGAAAGCGAGGAGCCCGUGGUUUACAGCGAAUAUAGAGACUUCUCCUCAUCGCAGUGGGAGGAAGGACCUGAGUGCAGCCAUGAAGAAGGACCUGCUUCUAAGAUAUGCAAGACUGAGGAAGGGGACGUUCACUUUAGUAUCUCCAGUCUGGCUGAGGGCCACAUCACCAGAGUUGGAAGUGUGAAUCCUGCUGAAAACUUCCGGGUUCUAGUGAGGCAGAAGAAUGCCAGCUUUGAGGAAGUGAGUCACCAGCUAAUAAGUCACAUUGAGCAGUUUUUGGAUACUAACGAGACGCUGUACUUUAUGAAGACUGUGGACUGCAUCAAAGCCUUCCGGGAAGAAGCUAUUCGGUUUUCAGAACAGCAGCGCUUUAACAGUUUCCUGAGGAACCUUCGAGAGAAAGUGCAAGUGAAACCCUUCGGUCACUUUUGGGAAAUUGUCGUUCAGGAUGGGAUCACCCUGAUCAGCAAAGACGAAGCCUCUGGAAGCUCGGUCACGGCCGAGGAAGCCAAAAAGUUUCUGACCCUGGAUGAGAAGCCAGCGGAGGACGCAGCCCGGUGUGAAGAAAGCGGGGAUGUGGAUGACUUGCUCGACAUGAUGUAGUCACGGAGUGUGUGGACAAUCUGAAGAGACGAGCUGCAGGGUCACGGCGCCGUGCUGGGAGUGCACACAGAACAGCCGAAGGAGGCCCUCGAAGGGAGCCCGAAGCUCUGGGGACCUGCAGAUUCCACGGAGAGAGUGUGCACGCAGAGGGUCAGACAUUAUACAAGUUUAUAAAGAGCCAUUGUUAUCUUCUGAUA